CCGUGAAGGCGUGAACCCCCCAACCAACUCUCACCCUUGACUUGGCCACCCCCUCCCCUUCUCUCUCGGCCAGACCAAACCCAACCCUCCCUAACCAUUUCCUCCUCUAUUCUCUCUCUCUCUCUCACAGCCUCACCACCACCACCACCAUGGCCCCCGACCAAGACGACGCCGUUCUCCCCGAGGGCGACCUCUCCUCCUCCUCCCAAGACGACGAGGAAGAAGACGUUGACGUUGACGAGGACGAGGACGACGACGUCGACGACGACGACGACGUCAUCAACUCCGCCUCUCCUUCCUCCACCUCCAAUUCCCUCCCCGUCGCCAUAGCCACCGCUGCUCCCACCGUCACCGUCGCGCUCCCGGCUCCGCACGCCACCACCGCUCCGGCGACGACUACAACGACGGCCGUGCUUUCCGAGGGUUUGGAUCCGAAGCGGCCGCGGACGAUUCAGUACGACCCGGUCUUGCUGCCGCUGGCGGCGCCGGAGGAGAAGAAGCCGGCGGCGGCGCUGGACGACUCGAGGAGGCUGUUCCAGCGGCUGUGGACGGACGAGGACGAGAUCGAGCUGCUGCAAGGGUUUCUGGACUACACGACGCAGAGAGGGAACAAAGGCGGGUCGCACCAAAACGACACCGCUUUGUUCUACGAUCAGAUCAAGUCGAAGCUCCAGCUGGAAUUCAACAAGAACCAGCUGGUGGAGAAGCUCCGGCGCCUGAAGAAGAAGUACCGGAAUGUUCUCAACAAAAUCGCCAGCGGCAAAGAGGUCAGCUUCAAGAGCCCUCACGAUCAGGCCACCUUCGAGAUCUCCAGGAAGAUAUGGAGCAACAUCGGCCGUAUCGGAGUUGCUGGCGCCGACGACAACGACGACGAAGACCCUAACCCUAACCCCAACAAUCCCAAUUUCAACCAUUUCGAGAUCAAGACGGAAGAGGCCGCCGGAUUUCAGAAGUCCACGCCGAAAUCGCGGAAGCGGCAGCGGACGCCGGCGCAGCCGAAAACGCCGAGUUUCGUCGAGCCGGCGGCGGUGCCGGUGAUCAAAGAGAAUCAUCACAAUGUGAACAAUGGCGGUGGCGUUGGUGGUGGUGGUGGUGGUGGGAGUAAUUGUGGAAAUUGUAAUGUUCAGGGGAUGAUUGAGGAGACGGUGAAGAGUUGUUUGUCUCCUGUGUUGAGGGAGUUGAUGAGCAGUUCAAUGGGUGGAGGAGGGCCGUCUAGAGGGUUUGGAGGGCUGUCGUUGAAUCCGAUUCCGCUGAGCUUUGGCGGUCCUUCGAUGAGUUUGAAUUUUGGGGGUGGGGAAGCGGCGGAUGAGCAGUGGAGGAAGCAGCAGAUAUUGGAGUUGGAGGUGUAUUCGAAGCGAUUGGAGUUGGUGCAGAAUCAGAUAAAAGUGGCAUUGGAUGAGUUGCGGUCCACAGGAGGAGGAGGCUGAUAUUCGGGGUGGCGGCUUCGAUUGAGGAGAGGCAGGCAGGCAGGCAUUGGAGUAGAUACACAUUGAAAUGAUACACGAUUAUCAUCUUUUGCAAGUACAAUCAUACAGGUUUAUCCCAAGUUAUGAUGCUAUUGAGUGAAUGACCUUAGGGGUUGGUUCCGUACCUGUGACUAUAGUCUAAUGUAUAUUGUUUGAUUUUUUAAGUUUGUUUAUUUUUUCCUUUUGGUAUUCAAGAUCUUCAAAACUUGUAUGUGCUUGUUCAAGGCAGUGCGUGUUACACUAGAGACAAACACCAGUUUGUCGAAGAGUAGCUUUCCCCUAACUUCAAUAUCGAGUUGAUUUUCUCGAUGUUUUCAUAGAAAAGAUUGUAUAGACCCAGCUCCCGUAUAGAGGUGGCACGUGAACUGGCUUCGUAUAGCUUCAUCUAGUGAUAUACGGAUCAUUGGGUGAAUCGUCGAUCAUUAGGCUUGAUGUAUUAAUAUAAAUUUGAUAGUCAUAGGAUUCCACCUGAAGUUGAGUUGUAACCCAUCAUCCUUGCUAUUCUAUGACCUUACAGCGUUGGUUACAUUCCAUUCUAGUAGUCUGUUUCUUUGAGAAAGAACAUCAGGGUACAUUCUUGUUGUAUACGAUGGACUUCUUGUCCGGGAAUGUUACAUUCUUGUGGUUGUCGGCUCAGUCGACAAUAACACAUGAGAUUUAAAGUCUUUCAAAUCACAGAUUCCUCUUCCAAA